AUGAGUGUGCCUCUUGCACAGCUCAGCUGCGAGCAGUGCCAACGUCGCAAAACGAAGUGCAGCAAGACGACUCCUUGCUCUGCAUGUGAAAAGGCAGGGAUUCAAUGUACUGCAGUUCAACGACAGAGGCUCCCAAGAGGCAGAAGUGGCAAGCAAAGGGCCGAUAUAACAACUCGCCGAGCGCUGCGUGAUCGAGUGGAACGACUCGAGUCUCUUGUGAAGGGGCUCCAGCAGCCGCAGCAACACGAGAGAGAUCUGCACGAUAACGAGAGUAGACUGCCAGAAACCGCAGAGGCUGUGUCAGCGAGAACCACAUCGGUGGACGCCUUCGUUGCGCCCGGAUUCUGGGCGGACCUCUCAGGCGCAGUCGCUGGUCUGAAAGAAGUCUUGGAAUAUCCUGAUAUAUAUGAUGAAGAUGACAGAGAAACGGAUGAAAGCUCGCCGAAUCAGGCGAAGUCGACUCCGGAUGACUCGGACGGGGCCCUUGAUGCUCACCGUCUUCUCUUUGCGAGUGGGAGCUCAGCAGAAACUACGCUGGAUCUUCCGCCGGCCCUGAAAGGUCAUUUGCUCAGCGUGUACAAGGACAGAGUUGAUUGCCUUUUCAAGCCAUUGCACUGGCCCUCUACCCUCCUCAUCAUCCUCAAUCAGCAAAAUUGUCAAGACAACGCCACGAAGAAAGAAUCACAUGCAUUAGAAUCUGCCAUUUACUUCACAAGCGCCUGUACACUUUUUGACCACGAACUGAAUGGGCGACGAAGUAUUGUUGAGAAGCUGCGUCGCGAAUGUGAGGACGCACUCGUGACUGCAGGCCAUAUUACAACGACCUCCUUCAUGUUGCUGCAAGCUUUUGUUGUGUAUUUCCUUGGCGUCCGAGCAUGUCAAGCCAACGCGCAACAAUGGACACUGACCGCACUCGCCGCACGACUUGCCAAUGCGCAAGGAAUUCCGUCGAACCUUGCUGGAGGAGCCCUAUCAGUAGAGAUAGAUGUUCAACGAAGACUUUGGCAAUGCAUCGGUGUUCUCGACCUACAAAGCGCAUUCGAUCGUGGUUCACACCCCAUGGCUCUCACCACCUGGAAUCGUUGCCCAUGA